CACCUGGAAACAUGUAUCCCUGCGCCACAAUGGGAGGACCUCAGAUAUCUCAAUGGUCAGCCAUGAACAGCGGCAAUAGUUUCAACAAGAACUUUUCUCCAUAUCAGCAAGGGUUCCCUCUGACGCCAUCGCCUGAAGCUCACCAUGGAUAUUUUGCCGACAUCCCCGCGACGACGCCUUACAGUGCUAACGGUGCCGUGCCCUACACAUCCAUUCACCAUUAUUACAACCUACAGGCUUUUGCCAAUGGCGUCACGCCCCCCAUGCUCUCUCCUCCUCCCGAGAAGGCCGCCACGCCCCAGAAGGAGGGACAGUGGUGGAGUUCGAGUGCUUAUUCUACGCCGCCGUCGCACGCCACUCACUUCCACCACCACCAGUUCGCCAGCCAAGUCGCGCCCUCCGUGGGGCAAGCGCGCCCACCGCAGCCUCUUCCCAACGCCAUCGCUCAGGAGGCGAUCCUCCACCAGAGCAGCGUCGCCACGGCCCUCCUCAACGCUCAGACUCCCGUCAGUGUCCGCAGGUGUCGGAGAUGCCGCUGCCCCAACUGCCAGGAUACUUCGCGAGAUGCAUCAGCUUCGAAGAAGAAGGAGCACAUCUGCCACGUCCCGGGGUGUGGCAAGGUGUAUGGCAAGACGUCUCACCUCAAGGCGCACCUGCGAAUGCACGCUGGGGAUCGCCCCUUCGUGUGCCAGUGGAUCUUCUGCAACAAGGCCUUCACCCGCUCCGACGAACUCCAGCGUCACCUGAGAACGCACACGGGCGAGAAACGUUUCGAGUGCGUCGAGUGCGGCAAACGUUUCAUGCGUUCGGACCAUCUCAACAAACACGUCAAGACCCACGAGAACCGACGCGCCCGCCUCGCCUCCUCUCCUGCCGAAGGCGAAGACGUCGACGUGGAGCUUUGCGACGACGUUGCUGAUGGCUGCACUGACGAGCUUCUCCCUGUGACUCUUCCGGACUCGCCAGUGUCUGAAGCGGACCUUCAGGACACCGAAAUAGAUGUUGGUGACGUGAUGGAAGAAUCUCACCUGUCUGGCGAGGGAAGGCAAUUGUCACAGUACGAGCAUUUGUACAACUUUAUGGACAGCAAUGUUUACUACAGUUAAUGUUUUCUAAGGUGAACUCUGAAUGUUCAGCCCCGUGAUUAUGUGUAAGAGAAAGUAAUAAAUUAAUGU